CCCCCCCUACCUCUCAUGAUGUUCAGAAAAUGAGCUGUGUUUGUUUUCAAAAAAGCACUUUGUCUCUAACUGUUUUCAUGGAAGAUGAACUUGAGAUAUAAUAUGUCUUAAUUGCAGAUUCGACCCCAGGUGUUUCUUUUGUCCUAGUUUAAUAUUGUUUAGUACCUACACAUUAUGGCGGCAUUUUGUUAUGUUGGAACUCUGAGCUUCCACCCCUUUCUUUGUUCAGAAAAAGAGCUGUUUGUUCAGGAAAGUUUGAGUACUUUAAAUGUUUCUAAUUGUUUUUGUAUUAUGUAUUCUGCUUAAAAUCUUCAAAACUGAUCACAUAUGACUUUUUAUUGCUUUAUAUGAAAUUAACGUGAGAAAAAAAUAUCACAAAAUGUAUCAAAAAGAAUGUCGCGAAAUCCUGUAUUAUGUUGGUAGAUUGUCUUUAUUGAUGUCAGUAUAGUCACUUUAAAUACUUCAAAUAAUGCCACUUUAAUGUUUACAUAUCUUACAUUACUCAUCUCAUAUAUGUAUAUACUGUAUUUUAUACUAUCUAUUGCAUCUUGCCUAUGCCUCUCGGUCAUCCAUAUAUUUAUAUGUAAAUAUUCUUAUUCCAUCCCUUUAGAUUUGUGGAAUUGUUAGAUGACUUGUUAGAUAUUACUGCACUGUCGGAACUAGAAGCCAAGCAUUUCGCUACACUGGCAUUAACAUCUGCUAACCACGUGUGACCCAUACAAUGGAUUUGAUAGUAACAUGAUGAUAAAGGAUAACAGAUGCUAUACACUGUUGUAAUAAUAUAACAUCACACUGCUGAUAGAAAUAUAAUGUAAUGAUAGCUGUCUUGUUUUGGUUGAGAAAUCUAUUUUCGUUUGACGGAAAGAAGUCAGGCAAAACAAAGGCCGGUAAAACAUGCACAAUGACUACGCUGAUACGACACUCACGAACAUUUCCUGCAGCAUCUCAUAAUCCAGACCAAACUCACUCGGGAAAGUGGAUACGUUUUUCCCCGCUUCCUUUACGAGACCUCACCAUUUCCUAAAGUUAUUUUCAGCCAAACAAUUAGCUACAGGAAAUCAGUUCCAGUGUCCAUUCUACCCAGGAACACUUCUAGUUUCCAAGUCCAAUGAGUUUACACCCACAGGAGCGUCUCUUUUUUCGUAAUUGAAUCGCAAUUGGAUAUCUCGAAAUUGGCGAGGAAAAGGAGGUAAAAUACACACACAAAAAAACAAUUCUAAACUACUUUUAACAAUUUCCACUGAAAAUUAUACGAAAACAGUGCAGAUUGACCGUUUUUGCUGUUUGGUGCUGUCGUUGUUCCCAAACUUUGUAGAAUUUUCUGUUGGAAAUUGUUCAAAAUAGUCCUUGUGCUCCAUGGAGUUGUAUGGUUUGUUUAACUUUGCAUUCAUUGGUUUUUCAUACAUUUUAAAGUGACAACUCUGUGUCUACAUCACUCUGUUACCUUGGAAUUGCCCCUAAUUCUAACACAAGAAAAUGCUUGUCUUGCCUAAUAGCCUAUAGGCGAAUGUUUGAAUAGGCUCCUGAGGAUGGGGUGUUAAUUUCAAUCACUGAGUGUAUCAUAUAUUAGUAAUGAAUUUGAACUGAAUAUGCUUGUACUCAACAGCCAGUGUUUUUCUUCACUUAUGGCCUUAUCUGACUGACUGUUGUCGUCAAUCCUAUAUUUAUUUUAUGGAAAAAGGUUUCCUGCUGGACGGGAUGUGUUGUCAGCUAGCUUAGAUACAUUUUUGUUUUCUGGAGCUAUACCACGACAUAGGUUUGUGAAAAUCACCUUGAACUCGUUGGGUCUCCUCUUUUACAUCUAUCCAGCCUACCAUGUUUGAACCGGGUUCCGGUUGUGGUGUUCCAGCCCAGAGAAGCUCACAGCGGGGUCCAGAGUUGGUGUCAGUGACGCUGGGGGACUGCAGUCAAACAGUGGAACUCAAUGUGAUUGUCAAGGAGGAGGGAGAGGGGAGAGAAAUCAAUGAGGGGGAGGAGGAAGAGAGAGAGGAGGACAGGGACUCUGUUGACUCAGCAGAGAGCCCAAUCCCAGACUCAGUCAACGAACCCAGUUCCACAGCAUCAAUACUACCUGGUUGUGGGAGUUACCCCAGUCCUCAAUGUGGAAAGUGUUUCAGUCGAGCAGGAGACCUGAAGACUCAUCAGAGAUCCCACAGUGGAGAGAAGCCUGCCAGUACUUUCAAUGUGAUUGUCAAAGAGGAGGAGGAUGAAAAGGAUAUCGAUGUUCAGAAGGUAAAGAGAGAAGUUAAGGAAGAGCAGGAAACUAGUAGUGUAGUUGACCCAGAUACAUCAAGACUAUCUGCUCGUGGUCGAUUCCCCUGCCAUCAGUGUGGGAAGAGUUUCCGUUCCUCAGGUAAUCUAAAGAAUCAUCAAAGAGUACACACUCCAGAGAAACCAUUUCACUGUGCCACAUGUGGGAAGAGUUUCCGGGAAAAAUUCAACCUCACGGGACAUGAGAAGGUGCAUAGUGGGGAGAAGCCUUACCACUGCACCCAGUGUGGGAAAAGCUUCAAUCGUUCUGGAAGUCUUAAGGAACAUCAAAGAGUACAUACAGGGGAGAAGCCUUAUCACUGCUCUCUUUGUCAGAAGAGUUUUAGUCAGCCAGGAAAUCUUAAGAAACAUCAGAGAAUACAUACAGGGGAGAAGCCUUACCGUUGCUUUCUGUGCGGAAAUAGUUUUGGUUUCGCUGGAAACCUAAAGAAUCAUCAGAGAGCACACUGUGGAGAGAAGCCUUACCACUGCUCUCAGUGUGGUGAGGGAUUCCCUGAACUAAAAAGUCUUAAAAGUCAUCAGAAAAUACAUAUUGGAGAGACGCCUGCCUCUACUUUCAAUGUGAUUGUCAAAGAGGAGAAGGAUGAGAAGACAAUUGAUGAGAUGGAAAUGAGAGAAGUUGAAGAGGAGGACAAUAGGGGUGUAGUUGACCCAGAUACAUCAAGACUGCCUGAUCGUUACAUCUGUCCUCAAUGUGGAAAGAGUUUCAGUACCUCAAGUAAUCUUAAGAAUCAUCAAAGAGUACACACUGGAGAGAAACCUUUCCUCUGCUCCCAAUGUGGGAGGAGUUUCAGUGAGAAAGUAAACCUUAAGAGACACGAACUAGUACAUAGUGGAGAGAAGCCUUACCACUGUACCACAUGUGGGAAGAGCUUCAAUCAUUCAGGAAGCCUUACAAAUCACCAGAGAAUUCAUACAGGGGAGAAACCUUACCACUGCUCACUGUGCGGAAAUAAUUUUCGUUUUGCUGGAGACCUAAAGAAUCAUCAGAGAUCACACAGUGGAGAGAAGCCUUACCACUGCUCUCAGUGUGGAGAGGGAUUCACUCAGCUAAGAAGUCUAAAAAGUCAUGAGAGAAUAUCCAUUGGAGGGAAGCCUGCCUGUGCUUUCAAUGUGAUUGUCCAAGAAGAGAAAGAAGUUGAGGGAGAGGAGAGUGAUGUGAAAUAAAGGUGAAGUGAGGAUCAUAAGCAACUCUAUAGGUAUUGAAAUUCACACCUAACCUUGCAAUUGUGUCUUUUGUGACAACAUGGUCAUGGGCAGCACCAUUUAGGACUAUCUUCAUCUUCUUUUACUUCUAUGACUGUAUUGGAAGUUCACAAAUAGGCCUGUAUACUGGGGCUGAGUCUAUAUAGGCCUGUAUACUGGGCUGAGUCUGUAUAUAGUAUACACUGGGGCAGAGUCUGUAUAUAGUAUAUACUGGGGGCUGAGUCUAUAUAUAGUAUAUACUGGGGAAGAGUCUAUAUAUAGUAUAUACUGGGGCUGAGUGUCCCAAAAGGCAUGUCCCAAAUGGUGCCCUAUUCCCUCUGUUGUGCACUACAUUUGACCAUGGGCCCUAUUCUGUAGUGCACUGCAUUUGACCUUGGGCCCUAUUCUGUGGUGCACUACAUUUGACGAUGGGCCCUAUUCUAUAGUGCACAACAUUUGUCCAUGGGCCCUAUGGGCUAUUCCAUUGAAUACAAAAUAAAUCCAUAGACUCCAGUAGAAUUCAGUUGUGGAUAUUUUUUAUACAUGUUUCAACUCAGUAGAAGGGCUGGUUUGUAUUGACAUCAAGUCUAUUGUUAUGUCAUGAUCUGGAUGGAACCGGUGUUAUUUAGAAUAUUGUUCUGUUCCGGAACAGUAUAGAUCCCUUUUGUUGUCAGUUCUGGUUCUGUUCCUUGAAAUUCCGGUUUUCUUUUCUGUUCCCUGAACUGGUUCCAACCCCUGGUUUAGAAUGUUGUUAAGUAUCCAUUAAUUAAAUAAUAAAUGCUAACAAACUGUAAUCUUCUUCUUCAUUGAAGUUGGAUGAUGUUGGUAGAUUGUCUUUAUUCGUGAAAAGUCAGUAUUGUAUCAUGGUGAUGAUAAAUCACAAGAAUAAAAGAUGCCGUACAAUAAUUGUUGGAAUAAUAUAACAUCAUACUGCAGGCCUGUGUGGGAUUAUCUACUUUACGCACAGUCUCUUCUCUACUCGUUCAUCUGCCCAGAGAAGAGGCUACACCGGAGAAUGUUUGUGAAGAAUAAAGAGUGGUGCUCGUUUAAUAAAGUUAGACCAAAACUGAAUCAAUGUAGGCUGAGUUUACACAGGCAGCCAAGAUCUGAUGGGAAAAAAUGUCAUGUGAUUGGUAAAAAGACCAAUGAAUGGAGAAAAAUAAACUCAUUUGGGCUGCCUGUGUAAAUGCAGCCAUAAUGACAGUAUUUUACAUUUGUUCUCACCCUCCUUUCACAUUUCUCAACGUGAAUUAAAACAUAUCUAAUUCUUCAAGUCUUAGAUCUUUGAGUUAUGUACAGUGUUAUUUUGAAGUAGCCUACGGUGUUGUGAAUGAUGUACAGUGAAUGAAUUUUAGAGCAUAUGGUGUUAAAGAACUAGCCUGUCUUUUGUUUCAAUAAAAGCACGUGGCCUAUUGCCCAUA